GUUGGGUUGCUUCUGCUUUGACCAGACUGAAGAGGCAUGGAAAUGACUUAUGGACUUGGUUUUGGCAUCUUGCUGAUUUGCUUAGUUCAAGCAGAACUUGCUGGUUGUUCUUGGGCUAAGGACGCACAUGGACCCCAGAACAGCAACACAAACUCUGCCUUCCCUCCACCAGAUGGCAUACUGAGAAAAUUCAGCAGCAAUUUCCAGAGCCAACUCAAACAAGACUUCUUCUCUCCUCCCUCAAUCCAGGUCCAGACCAGUAGUUUCAACACUGAGCCUGCAGCGAAAAGUGGUUACGAUAGGAAGCCCUCCACCAGCGGCCUAACACAACCCCACCCUCAACCAGUUCAAAGCUCAGGGAGGCUGGUGAAGAACACCAGCUGGUCAAAACCCAAGAGCCAGAGCACUUUGCCUGCUCAGCAGAGUCCAAGGGUAAGCCAAAGGGAAGGCUACUCCUUCAGGUCAGCUUCCUCUUAUGGGCAAAAGGGCUCAUCAGCCAUUUUGUUUGGUCCGGUUGGUCCUGGUCCACGUAGUUCUAUUCGGAUGCAGACGUUUGCUAAGGGUCGUGCAAGAAAAGUCCCAUCAGGCCGUGCAUCUCAGGGUGCCAACGUCAGGAGUUUCUCGCCUCACGCUGCAGCUGGGAGGUUUUAUCCCAGUCCACAGUUCGCUCUAAAAACCGGAGACUACAGGCCAAGGAGUCGGCUCACUGGCCUGGCUGGUUCCAGAAGUGGAAGAGAGGGAGAGUCCGUUCUGGGGUUUGCUCCAGUAAUGGUCUAUGACCUUCCAGAACCCUUCGGCGGCUCGGCCAUCAGACGGCUGAAGAGACCUAUUGAGCAGGCGACACCUCCACAGAGGGCACCGCCUUACAAACCUGAACGAACAAACAGCCAUUCGGGAUAUGAUUGGAGCAGGAUGAAGCAGAACCAAGGGCCAGUCCAGAAGCCAUUUUGGAUCACCACACCAUCACCAUCGUCUGAUGGUGAAUCACCACCAUUCACCAUCAGACGGCUGGUGAGACCUAUUGAGCAGGAGACACCUCCACAGAGGGUACUGCCUUACAAACCUGAACAAACAAACAGCCAUUCGGGAUAUGCCUGGAGUAGGAUGAAGCAGAACCAAGGGCCAGUCCAGAAGCCAUUUUGGAUCACCACACCAUGACCUCAGAGGGCAUCGGCGUCCAAUCCUGACCUCCCCAGUGUUCAUCCAGCCUCCAAAUGGUCUAAGUUCAAGCUGCCCUAUAGACGCUAAACCUAAUGUCUUCAAUUUUAA